GGGGGCCGCGCCGCGCCAUGGCCCAGCAGCAGAUGAGCAGCUCGCAGAAGGCGCUGAUGCUGGAAUUGAAGUCGCUGCAGGAGGAGCCGGUGGAGGGCUUCCGCAUCACCCUGGUCGAUGAGUCCGACCUCUACAAUUGGGAGGUGGCGAUCUUCGGGCCCCCCAACACCCUCUACGAGGGCGGGUAUUUCAAGGCUCACAUUAAAUUUCCUAUUGACUAUCCAUAUUCACCACCUACCUUCAGAUUCCUGACCAAAAUGUGGCACCCCAACAUUUAUGAGAAUGGAGAUGUAUGUAUUUCAAUUCUUCACCCACCUGUAGAUGACCCACAAAGUGGAGAGCUGCCCUCUGAGAGGUGGAACCCUACCCAAAAUGUCAGGACUAUCUUACUGAGUGUAAUCUCUUUGCUUAAUGAGCCCAACACAUUCUCUCCUGCCAAUGUGGAUGCAUCAGUCAUGUUCAGGAAAUGGAGGGACAGUAAAGGAAAAGACAAGGAGUAUGCUGAAAUCAUAAGGAAACAGGUUUUGGCUACCAAAGCUGAGGCUGAGAAGGAUGGCGUGAAGGUCCCCACUACACUGGCUGAGUACUGCAUCAAAACUAAAGUGCCUUCCAACGACAACAGUUCGGAUUUGCUUUACGACGACUUGUACGAUGAUGACAUUGAUGACGAAGACGAGGAGGAGGAGGAUGCCGACUGUUACGAUGAUGAUGAUUCUGGCAAUGAGGAAUCGUGACCUGCUCCCUCUAUGCCCCUGUACUGCCCUGUCAACUCAGGCCAGAAGGGAGCAGUGGUAACCUAGCAGCAGUCCAACAAAAAAGUGGUGGUGGGAGGGGGGGG